AUGCAGCACUCAUACGAUAUUGGUUGGCUAGAUGUGGGUAUGCAAGAAAACGGUCGGCUUGCUGUACGAGAUCAUGAUCGCCUCAGUCAGGCUGUCGCCGAGUUGCCACAUCAAGACAGCCAAUAUCCGUCGCUCUGUGCGUUUAUUGGUGGCAGUUCUAGAGAAAGCUCCCUUCAGCAAAUGUUUCCACUUAAUAAUAUUCGGAGACACACUUCAGCAGCACAUAUCAAGCUUCGAUAUGACAUUGGGUCUAUGAACACUCCCCAGCCGAUUUUAUUUGCUGACGGGGAUAUUCCGAAGGCAACACAUCUUCCUGUGAACUUACAGGCUGGAACAGGCUACCCAACAGUCUGGGACUGUCCAUCGGCUGAAAAAAUGCUGCUUGUUCUAUGGGCACGAUUGAUGUUUCUGUUCGCGGACGUUGUCUGUAUAUUCAUCGACACUCCAUCAGAUCUUGAUAUCGCCGUAAACUUUAUAGCUCGCUGCGAACAACUAAAAAGCCCAGCUCCAUGGAUCGCUACAUGCCCCAGGCUAAUUAUAGCCUUCGGAUGUGGUAUCAUGCAAGGGGAGGAAUUUCUGGGAUUAGGAACUUUGUGGGAAAAAUUACAGUCAACAGGAAUUACUAACCUGAACACCAUUUUCUCCGAUGUGCAAUCGAUCGAUGUGAUCGGUGAUCUUCUAUCUUCUACCGCGCGGCAUGACCGUGUCAAAAGGCUGAUGAUGGACCAAUUAGAUGGGAUUAGCACGAUUCGCAGGCGGUACCUAGGUCGAGCAAGUGGAAAACAUUUAGCAGCUUUAUUCCAAGCUGGGCUUCGCCAUACCGUUAUGGAUGUCGACUCUCCCUUCAACCAUUUCAUGGCGAUUAGGAAAGCACUUCCGAUGAGCCCGACGGCUGGAUUCCAGCUGAGACAUUUUCUCGAAAUGGGUAGUCAGGCGGGGCUUGAUAUGAAUGAAAUGGCCCCAUCAAUUGCAUCAGCCGUACUAAUGGACCACUACGUUCCUGGCAUGAUAAGUAAUUUACCCCCUUUCAAUAACAAAGGAAAACCUGGAAUUAAUUUCAAUAAAUUACUAGUGUCAAAUGCCCGUUUGAUCUUCCAAGCGCUGUAUCGCUCGGAUGUAUUGCAAGGAUGUCGAGCCGACUCGCUUCGCUCGGAUCUUAGCCCAGAGCAGAGCACCAAUCUGGUUGAGUCCAAACUCAUGACGAUGUUUGAAUGCCUCUCCCAAACCGAUUGCUCAUCAGCCAGUAUACGUGAGAAUCAACUGAAAUCCCAGAGCGGCCGAUUAGCGCGAAUACAAAGUACCCGCAUUUGCCUCUACUGCAUUUUUCGCUCGGCACAACAUGUUUUAGCAUGUGGGCACACGCUAUGUGAUCGUUGUGCGCAAGUCUUCGGAAUGCCGGGGGAAUGGGAUUAUCAAUUUGUCAUUAAGGGUUGCCUUUAUUGCCUCUAUCAAAGACCCUUGGUCGUCGACGUCUUACCGCCAACAAUGACACCUUCAAUUUUAGCAAUUGACGGCGGGGGUGUCAGGGGGGUUAUUCCGUUAGAGUUUCUUCUUUUAGUAGAGGAGCAAUUGGCUCCAUGCACAGUUUACGACGUGAUUGAUCUCGCAGUCGGCACAAGUUCCGGUGGUCUUAUCGCUCUAGGCAUAUUUAUUAUGCGCUGGGCAAUGCGUGACUGCUCAGAAACAUUUGAACGCUUAGCGCGUCAGAUUUUUCGAGAGAAGCGUCACUCAAGAUGGCCAUGGGCAAGCCAAGGCGAUGGUUCAGUGUUAGGGGAAAUUACUCGAUGGAUCCACUGGCUUCUCCAUGAUAGCUGUUACGACGCGCAAGUUUUUGAUACGGCACUAAGAACCGCGUUCGGUGAUCAACGUCUCAUUUUCGGAAAUAGUCGCGACGAUCCUCAGGGGCCUCUGCGCUCUGGCCCAAAAGUUGGUGUGAUCACCACGAGCAUUUCCAGGGAUACGAGCGCUUUUGUUAUCGGAAAUUUUAAUGCCGCGCAUGAUUCAGAAAGCAAUUCCGUCUGUCGAUCGGACAUUGCCCAGUCGAUACGCUAA